AUGAACGCCAAGUUGCUCGGGUCUGGACUUCUACUGUUCGCUGGCUUCCUGGUUUGUAGUGAGGCACCGUUUGUAAAAAUGACAAAUGCCAAGUGCCUGUCGUACAACAAAUCGUGGGUGCAGUUUCACUACUGCCGCCUGAAGGCCUACUCCCGGAACAAGACCAGUCUAAAUGUGAAUGCCACAUUCGUAGAACCGGCAAACAACAUCUAUGUACGAAUUAAAUUGAUGAAGAGGGACAAUGGCUACAAGCCAUUUCUCGUUGAUUCGCGAAAUCAACCGGUGGCCAAGAUAGUCUGGAACUUGAUCAAGGAUGUGUCCACAGUGAAUCACACCUGUCCCUAUGUAGGCUUGCAGACUGUGAGCGACUUCCACCGGAUUGAAAUACCUCUACCGGUGCCCUCUGGGGAAUAUCUUUUCCUAAUCAAUUGGACAUUCGACGGCAGACCGCAGUUUGCAACAAAUGUUUACUUCACCCUUUGUGGAGGAUUAGGCAAGAGCCGCGAAUACAUUAUUUUGCACUUAGCUAAGAACUUAUCCAAGUCAAUUAUGUUGUACAAAUUAUUCUAG